CUUUUGAGCAACGAGCACUUCCGGAGUCUCCCGGCGGGUCUUCCUACCAAAGUCAGCUUCUCGCCUCGUGUGCGCCGGCACAUUUGGCUCCCGUGCGCCGGCCGGGUUAGCUCGCGUCCUCACGCACUUUGGGUUUCCCGGUCUCAUGGCCGGUCUGACCCUAUUUGUGGGCCGCCUCCCGCCCUCGGCCCGCAGUGAGCAGCUGGAGGAAUUGUUCAGUCAGGUGGGGCCGGUGAAGCAGUGCUUCGUGGUCACUGAAAAAGGGAGUAAGACCUGUCGAGGCUUUGGCUAUGUCACUUUUUCUAUGCUGGAAGAUGUUCAGAGGGCCCUCAAGGAGAUUACCACUUUUGAAGGUUGCAAGAUCAACCUGACUGUUGCCAAGAAAAAACUGAGGAACAAGACAAAGGAAAAGGGGAAAAGUGAAAACUCAGAGGUCCCAAAGAAGGAGCUGAAGCCUAAAAAAGCCAAAGUGGCAGAUAAGAAAGCCAGGUUAAUUAUUCGGAACCUGAGCUUUAAGUGUUCAGAAGAUGAGUUGAAGACAGUAUUUGCUCAAUUUGGAGCUGUACUGGAAGUAAAUAUCCCUAGGAAGCCAGAUGGGAAGAUGCGUGGUUUUGCUUUUGUUCAGUUCAAAAACCUCCUAGAAGCAGGUAAAGCUCUCAAAGGCAUGAACAUGAAAGAGAUAAAAGGGAGGACAGUGGCAGUGGAUUGGGCUGUGGCAAAGGAUAUAUAUAAAGAUACACAGUCUAUUUCUGCUCUAGGUGAAGAAAAGAGCCGUGAAUCUAAACAUCAGGAAUCAGUUAAAAAGAAUGGCAGGGAGGAAAAGGAUAUGGAGGAGGAAGAAAAUGAUGAUGAUGACAAUGAUGGUGAUGAUGAUGAUGACGAGGUUGAUGAUGAUGAAGAUGAAGGGGAGGAGAAUAUAGAAUCAAAGGUGACCAAGCCUGUGCAAAUUCAGAAGAGAGCAGUCAAGAGAACAGCCUCCGCAGAAAGCAGUGAAGAUCAUUCUGAGGAGGACAGUGACCUGGAGGAAAGCGAUAGUAUUGAUGAUGGAGAGGAACUGGCUCAGAGUGAUAGCAGCACUGAGGAGCAAGAGGAUAAAGCUGUGCAAGUCUCAAACAAAAAGAAGAGGAAAUUACCCUCUGAUGUGAAUGAAGGGAAAACUGUUUUUAUCAGAAAUCUGUCCUUUGAUUCAGACGAAGAAGAACUAGGGGAGCUUCUCCAACAGUUUGGAGAUCUCAAAUAUGUCCGCAUUGUCUUGCAUCCUGACACAGAGCAUUCUAAAGGUUGUGCAUUUGCUCAAUUCAUGACUCAAGAAGCAGCUCAGAAAUGCCUUCUAGCUGCUUCUCCAGAGAAUGAGGCUGGUGGGCUUAAACUGGGAGGCCGGCAGCUCAAGGUUGACUUGGCAGUGACCCGUGAUGAGGCUGCAAAGCUUCAGACAAAGAAAGUGAAGAAGCCGACUGGCACCCGGAAUCUCUAUCUGGCCCGAGAAGGCUUAAUUCGCGCUGGGACGAAGGCUGCAGAGGGCGUAAGUGCUGCUGAUAUGGCCAAAAGAGAACGGUUUGAGCUGCUGAAGCAUCAGAAACUCAAGGACCAGAAUAUCUUUGUCUCCCGAACCAGGCUCUGCCUGCACAAUCUCCCAAAGGCUGUAGAUGACAAACAGCUCAGAAAGCUGCUGCUGAGUGCUACCAGAGGAGAGAAAGGGGUGCGCAUCAAGGAGUGUAGAGUGAUGCGAGACCUCAAAGGUGCUCAUGGGAACAUGAAGGGUCAGUCCCUGGGCUAUGCCUUUGCAGAGUUCCAGGAGCACGAACAUGCCCUGAAAGCCCUCCGCCACAUCAACAACAAUCCAGAAAUCUUUGGGCCUCAGAAGAGACCAGUAGUGGAGUUUUCUUUAGAAGAUCGAAGAAAACUUAAAAUGAAGGAACUAAGGAUCCAGCGCAGCUUGCAAAAAAUGAGAUCCAAGCCUGCAACUGUUAAGCCUCAGAAGGGGCAACCAGAGCCUGCAAAAGACCAGCAACAGAAGGCAGCUCACCACCACACAGAACAACAAAGAAAGGCGCUUCCAGAGCAGAAGAGGAAGACAGGCUCUACCUCAUGGACUGGCUUCCAGACCAAGGCCGAAGUGGAGCAGGUGGAGCUGCCUGAUGGAAAGAGGAGGAGAAAGGUCCUGGCUCUCCCCUCACACCAAGGCCCCAAAAUCAGGUUGCGGGACAAAGGCAAAGUGAAGCCCGUCCAUCCCAAAAAGCCAAAGCCCCAGAUAAGCCAGUGGAAACAGGAGAAACAGCAGUUAGCUUCCAAGCAGGUAUCUAGGAAAACUAAGGGAAAUAAGUCGGAAACCCGCUUCAACCAGCUGGUUGAACAAUAUAAGCAGAAAUUAUUGGGACCUUCUAAAGGAGCACCUCUUGCGAAGAGGAGCAAAUGGUUUGAUAGUUGAUGAUGCCAGGGGCUGGGUAAGAAGCUGAGUUGUGUACUUUCUGGUGAUGUUCCUGGGCUCCUCCCCAUCCCCCAUGGGUCUUACUGAGGGAGAGAAAAUCCCUGAGGGCACUGCUGCUGUGCUGGGAGGGGCCCUGGACUGUGUACAUCUGAACUUUGGUCCAUCCUUUGAUGUGUGGUUCAUUAGCCACAAAGAGAAAUAUCUGAAAGAUAUUAUGAUGCCUCUCACAUAUUAUCCAGAUUAUUGUAUGAAGCUGUGUCUAUAAUUAUUACCAAUUUUUAUUCUUUAUUUCUCAAAUGGAAACAUUGAAAAGGCAUUCUGGAGUGCUGAAUUUUUAAGAUGUAUCUUUUGUUAAGCAUAUUCUCUAAGUGAAAUAUUGUGUGGCUUUUUUAGUGACAAUGUCAUUUCUAGUAUGUGUGACUCCUUUAUUAUUUGUAAACAUUCUUGACAUUCCUAAUUCAGCUGUGUAGUCUUUCUUACACACUGCAGGAAUUGACUGAGAGCAGAAAGAAAUGCUUUCUAACCUAAUCACUACAGGUGGAGACACUGGAAAAGAGUGGGGGGAGGUGGGUCCUGUUAGAGAGCGGCACUUAUGUGCUUGUCAAAUGAGGGGAUUUCCAGUUGACUGGAACUCAGUCUGCAGUGGCCUAAAGACACUAGCCUGGUUAGUGAUGACCUGCACUUCUCUCACAGAGUACCUCCUUUUUCAUCAUACCCACAGCUCUCUAAGUCCUCCUUAAUGAGGACACUUGAUUCUCAUUAAAUCUGCCCCUUAAAAUGGUUUCACACCCACUGAAAAACUCCAGGGGUUUGACAUCUCACUUUGAUUGAAAUCUUGUCUUCCUAUAAUAUUUGAUUCCCUGGUCUGGUCACCUCUCCUUGUUUUUAUCCACUCUCUUCAUUUACAUUUGGCUACACAGACCUUCAUUUGAUCUCUUGACUCUUGACCACCUCAGAUCCUUUGUAUCCAUUCCAUUUGCCCGGAGAGUUCUUCUGUUGCUUGUUUUACUUGCCCUGCAGAGCUCCACUAGUUGUCGCCUCCUCCUGGAGCUCUUCCCAGACUAUCUAAAGUAGGGCAUUUCUUCCCCUCCCCUCUCUUUCCCCCUUACUAAAAUCUGCUUCCCUGUUUCUUCUUCUUCUUUUGAGUCAGAGUCUCACUCUGUUACCCAGGCUGGAGUGCAGUGGUGCUGUCUCAGCUCAUUGCAACCUCCACCUCCCAGGUUCAAGCAAUUCUCCUGCCUCAGCCUCCCAAGUAGCUGGGACUACAGGCAGACACCGCCACUCCCAGCUAAAUUUUGUAUUUUUAGUAGAUACGGGGUUUCACCAUGUUGGCCAGGCUGGCCUUGAACUUCUGACCUCACAUGAUCUGACCACCUCAGCCUCCCAAAGUUCUGCAAUUACAGGCGUGAGCCACCAUGCCCGGCCUGCUUCCCUAUUUCUUUCUAGCACUAAUCUCUGUCUGAAUGUAUUGCCUCUCCAGUUAGAAUGUAUGCUUUGUGAGAGGGACUGUAUUCCUCUUGUUUGCUCCUGUAGACACAGCACCUAGUACUGACCCAGGCACAUAGUAGAUAUUGAAUAAAUAUUUGUUGAAUUAAAAAAAUCGGAAAGGAAGAAAUAGUACUCAGUAGUCAAGAGAAAAAGUUGGGAGCAUAGCCCAAAAUUCUUGAUUCCUUAGUCUAGUUGAGUGUUACAGAUAAUGCUUUGACAGAACCAUUGCUGAGCUAGAGACAUGGUUAUUUCAUUGCAGUAUCUUGGGGAACCCAUGAAUGCUCUGAAAUGCCUCUGGUUGGUUUAGAGAUAGAUGAAGGAGAAGCCAUAGAAAUUUUUAAACCUUUUGGAGAGAUCGUAAGGACAGGUGACUUAUCUCCAAGUUCACCUUGAGGCAGCAUGACUUGGGCUGUCACACAUGCUUGCAGUAGCCUGGCAACAUGUCUUUCUCAGGCUGGUCUGUACAGUGUGGAGUAGGUAAGGGACUUUAUUAAGGGUGUCAGAAUAGCUAUAACCUGCCAGUCUGAUCCAUUUUCCUUUGGCCAACUCUCUGUCUGCUCACCACUCUUUUUUUCUAGUACACAAAUAUCUUAUUCAAAAAUAUGUCUUAACAUUUAGGAUAGAUCAAAAUUGGUGUUCAUUCAGAUAACAUUGCCAGAUUCACUUAGAUCCAGAUAUUAUUUUUAACAGCUUUAGUAACUGAGUAUGUUAAAAACCUCAUUCACUUGCUUGGAGAGCUGUUGUACAGUUCUUUAAAGAGUUCUUUAUAUGAGGUUGAUAUAUCUGACCUCCCUUUGGAACACCUUACCAUGGCUAUUUGGUCAGCUCCAUUGACUCCUUGGCUUGGGAAUUUUAGGGCAGUGAGAGUUUUGCUCACUUCUACUUCACUUCAGGGUCUGAUGUGUCAGGAAAUGGAGUUUUCGCAACAGGAGAGUUGAGUUACAGACUGGUUAAAAAACAACAGGUGGGGCACAGAGUCUCACACCUAUGAUCACAGCACUUUGGGAGGUGGGAGGAUUGCUUGAGGUCAGGAGUUUGAGACCAGCCUGGCCAACAUGGUGAGACCACGUCUCUAUUCAUUUGAAAAACAAUAGCAAAUGUUUUGUUAACAUCCAAGACAAGGCCACCACUCAAAACUAUCAGAUUUUAGUAGUAGUUUCCUUCUCGAUUACAUAAUAGCCUGGCUUAGAGAGAUAGAGAGAUGACCUGUAAGUGGAAUCUUAAGAUGAGGUCUAGCUGUUCUUUGCCUUAUUUAUUUGUUUGUUGGUUAGGUUGUAAUUUCGAAGAAUCUGCUCUGUUUAGCUGUAUAGUUCCUUCUUCUGGAGGUAACGUGUGGCAAGGAUUAUGUAUCACCUGUCACAAAAAUGAGAUCUCUGCCUUCCUCUAUUAUAAAGUUAGGGCAUGUGAUUAAUUCUUCGAAAUGCUUUGAAAUGUACUUUGGUAUGUUUUUGUCUUGAAAAGAGGUUUUCCAGCUAGAAAUUCGGAGCCCAGAAGGUCAAGGCUCCAGAAAUACCCUGCUCAUUAUGCACUUAGCUUUCAGUUGUCUGAGGAGGCAGGGGAUCACAUGUGUCACAGUGAGUGCCGAUUCCCCAGAAUCUGCAGUCUUAAGCUCUCCUGCUGACCCACACAGCCAGUUCUCUGUUUCAUAUCCGUGUGUCUCGCUGUGAAGUGACAAGCAGCUACCAAUUCUGUCAUAUAAGAAGCAGCUCUGCCUAUGCAACUUUGAAAGUUCCUGUACUUCUCCAUAGACUGCUCCUUCAUGAAAAUAACCACAUCAUCACACUGUGGGUGCCUACACUGUUUUUCAUUUUGUCUCCAGUGAUGCCCACCUCCUUUUCAACUCAGCUCUAAUUGGCACUUUAAGGGUCAGGAUGAGGUUUCUCUUAGGCCAAGUUGAGAUUUCCAGACGUCCGUUUUGUCCAACCAAGGCUGACCAGUUUAGAAGUUAUCCACAUCCUUGUUUUGGUUCUUUCAUUAUGUCUUGAUACCUCUCUCUCUAGGAUUAUUUACAGUUUGUGAUGGCUUAUUCAGUGACCAGAUGUGGGGUGAGUUACUGGUAUAGUCUGUCAUUACCUUGGCAUCUGACUUUGACUGGUCAUUGGCUGUACAUGAGUUUUUGUGCUGGUAAAGGAAUAUUCUGAGAAAUUGGAAGGCACAAACUGGGAACCAAUUCUGAGAAGAGAACUGCUGAGUCACUGAAAGACCUUUUGGAUCGCCCCCAAAUGGAACAUCUUGAUAAAUGGCAAAUCCAGUGUUUCUUAGACUUGUCCACGCUGUCCAGAGCCCACUGCCUUUUAUCAGAUGUGAGACUUCACUGCUACAGAGUCAUUCCACAGUCUCCGUGCCUAGACAUUUGAUAGAAGGAAAAUUGUUUCUUGUCCUUAAAGCAGGGACUAUUUUUUGCACUUUUCCACAUACUCCACAACACCCAACACUGAUUUACUCGUAGUGGAGUUUAAUACUGUUAAAUUCUCUAAAGGCCAUUUGUUCCAGGGCCUAGCUGGACUUGUGAAGGACAACAGAGUCAUUUCCUAAGGACCCCAGAAGACAACAUGAAGGAAAAAAUAAACUGCUGUUCACAGUA